AUGUCUUCGAGUGCUCCAGCUGAUACUCUUCAAACUCCAGGUUAUAUCUCUGGUGGUCAAAUUGCAAGCACUGGAGAUAGUCUUGUCGGCCAGUCGAAUGGGACAAUGAUCUUUGUAGGACUGCAAUACAGACUAGGACCGCUUGGCUUUCUAUCCGGAAACGAUGUUAAGAAGGAUGGGACAGCCAAUGCUGGCCUCCUGGACCAGAGAAUGGCUCUCAAGUGGAUUCGAUCCAACAUUCACAUAUUUGGGGGCGAUCCUAACCGCGUUACUAUCUCUGGGGGUAGCGCGGGAGGGGGGUCUGUCACUAUGCAGAUGGUGAUGUACGGUGGAUCAGAGGAAGCACCAUUUCAAGCAGCGAUUCCAGAGUUUCCGUGGUGGACCCCGCUAUACGACAACGGGUGGCAGCAACAACAGUAUCGAGAAUUCUUGAGGGCAGCUAGAUGCUCUUCAUUGAAGUGUUUGCGAGACGCCUCACUUUCCCGCAUACGUUCAGCUACAGAGACUGCAUUCAGAACAGCCUAUCACCACAAAGAUUAUGCAUUCGGAACAUUUUACUGGGGACCGGUGGUCGAUGGACACGUCAUCCCCGACCAUCCUGCUCGCCAAUUUAGAAAUGGGCAUUUCACGAAAGUCCCCGUCAUGACAUAUCGAAACUUUGACGAAGGAUUCCUGUUCACCAACUUCUCACUGGCGUCAGAAAGCGAGGUUAUGUCUGAUCUCACCUCUCUAUGGCACGACUCGGACGGCUUCUUUGCUGAGACUGUAUCGAUGCUCUAUCCUACGAGUCUUUACAAUCGAACCCACCUCGACGCCUUGACUAUUUACCCCGAGGUUCGGGAGGCUGGGAUUCUGGAAUCCCCUCUUUCGGACUCUUUCGUGAAGCGGUCCGCUAUCAUUGGCGACGCUCUAGUGAAUUGCCCAACCAGACAUAUUGCUAGGUCAGUAGUCAAGCAUGGUCAACCGGCCUACAAGCUCGUCUUCGACGCAGGCUACCAGUUUCACGGAACUACGGAUUAUUAUUUGUACAGUAGUGUGACGAAUGCCGAUGGCUCGAAUGGAGGAGAUUUCUCUUUUCCUGGAAACGCCACCUUGGCCAAGAUCAUGCGAGGCUACUAUAUUUCCUUCGCUCUCAACCACGACCCCAAUGGCGACGGCGACAAAACAGCGAAGCCUUUGUGGCCUAAAUAUCAAGAGGAAGACUCCGAAGUUCUUUGGGUUGGGUACACAGAUAUCGAGGGUCGCGCUGAUCCGGACAACUCGGCCAAUUGCCAGUUCCUGCUGAACACACGUGGUACAAACUGCGGCCUGGUUGAGGACUGGUAA